CGCCGCUCGCCGAAAAUACUACACUGCCGAACUCCGAGAUCCUUCAGCGUUGGGUGUCCCACAGAGCGUCCCACCCGAACAUGGUCCUUUCUGAAUCUCGUUAUCUUUACGACUCUUCCGCGCCCACGCUCGUGCUGGGACGUGCGCGACACGAACGUCCGUCCCAGGGGUCGGCCACCUUUCCGAAGCGGGGCCCCCGUGUAUUCAUUCUCAUCCCAGGCGUCACGGGCCGGGGAAACGUUUUUAGAAGGGCUCUUUCUCUGAGCCCGUACCAGACAACUCCACUAUCGUUGCACGUUCAAGCAAAUAAGGGUUUUAAAAUGUUUAAGAAGCUUAGUUUAAAAUUGAAUUAAAAUGCAGAGCCGGUGGCCAGGACCUGGGAACAAGCUGUAGCCAAUCGAACAGUGGGGUGUAGCCGUCUGAGUGUGCGUCUGUGCCUGGGUCCUGUUCCCAGCUGACCCCGUGCCACUUCCAGCAGCUCGCCAUGCCUCAGUUUCCCCUUCCCGGAGCCCCACCCAGGACUGCAUGGUCCGGAGGCCAGGGUGACGGAUGCGGCAGAAGCACCCGGAAGGAGGGGCCCUGGCGGGGCCGCCCCAGCUGACCCAGCCGUCUCCGUCCCACGUGGUGGACGAGAAGAUCCCGCGGCUCCACUGCCAGAUGUCGGGGAGCGACAUCACCACCCACGUCCUGUCCUGGUACCACCAGCCCCCCGGGCGGGGCCCCGUCUUCCUGCUGAGCCACCGGGCCGGGGACAGCAAGCCCGCGUACGGGGUCGGCAUCUCGGAGCGCUUCAUCGCCAGCCUGGAGCGCGACACCAACACCUUCAGCCUCACCAUCGGCAACGUCAAACCCGCCGACGCCGGCACCUACUUCUGCGCCGUCUGGUACGCCAACCAGUACCUCUUCGGAGAGGGCACCCGCCUCAUCCUGGGAGGGGACCCCAGGAAGAAUCGCCGGCCGCAGGUGGCCCUGUUGGGCCCGGCUCCGGCACCCGGCCCGGCCUUCCUGUGCGUGGCCUGGGGGUUCUCCCCGGAGCCGGUCCGGCUGCGCUGGCAGGUGGACGGGCGGGAGCCGGGCCCCGGGGAGGCGGCGCCGCCGGCGGAGGGCCGGGAUGGGGCCGGGGCCGCCAGCCUGCUCCACCUCCCGCCCCGGGCCUGGCUGGAGGGGGCCCGCGUGACCUGCCGGGUGGAACACGAGACCCAGGCCCAGCAGAGCAGCGGCGAGGUGAAGGGGGCCGGGCGCCGAGGCUGCUCGGUAUCCACCGGAGACCCCGUCCCGCCGCCCGACCCUCUCGGUAACGGGACCGCGGGGAGCACCGCCCUGCAGAGCACCGGGGCCCCCAGCCUGGGCCGGAUCCUGCUGACGGCCUGGUGCUGGUACCUGGGCUUGCUGGCCGCCAGCUGCCUCUACGGCCUGGGGGUCUCCCUCCUCGUGGGGCUGCGGGAACCCAGGCGUCCGGGGCCACCCCCACCCCCGCCGGAAGCCCGGUGGAGAGCUGGCAAGGAGCAUCACUUCAAAUGAGACUUCCCGGCCCCCCUUCGCUGCGCCCCGAUGGUCCCCCUCCCAGUGCCCCCCGCCUGGGGACCGGGAACGCCCCCAAAGUGGCCCCCCACAGCCCCCACCUGGGACCUCCAGCUCCCACCCCAGCUGUCCC